AUCAGCAUUAGUUCCCGUACAGAGAUGGUGUUGUCGUCCUCGCAGCAGCUCGUGAUGGCGGUCACCGCAGUGCUGCUGGUGUUCGUGUUGUUUCCUCGCAUGUUCAGCGGCAGUGCCAGAGACGCGCAGUCCUCCGACCCGCGGAUCAGCAGGAGAGGUCCUGGUUCUGGUGUCGGUCCUGGUAGCGUGAAAAGUCAGCAGCAGUUCCACAAGAACGCAGCGCCUCAGAUGUCCCAGAAUGUGGAGAACAUGCAUCAGAUGAAGAAACUCAUGGAGCAGGAGAUGAAAAGCGACAAAUACAAAUCCAACAGCAACACUAAGGGCUACGUCUUCACUCUCAUGCCCAUCUACGCCAUCGGAGUCGGGCUCUUUGCCGCUUAUAAGUUUCUAAAGAUAAAGUCUGCAAGUGAUUCUGAAGCUCAAAAAGCCAAAACAACUCGAGGAGUGAAGAAAUCAGAGGAGACGGAGAAUCAGCUGAAUGAGCUGGAGCAGAGGUUAGCUCAGACCGAGAAGAUGCUCAACUCCAUACUGACCCAGCUGGACCCGCUUACAAACUGUGUGAAGUCUGUUGCCAUGGAGCAGAAGAACGAGAUAAUGUCGCAGCUGCAGUGCAUUCGCCAGCUAAUGAAGAAGAGAGGCAUGGAGUUUCCAAACAUCAGGAUAGAAGAGCCGACAUGUGAACGCAAUCUAGACAGACUCAUCGAGACUUUGACUUCAGCCGAAGCUCUUCCAGAAACUCGUCUGGAAUCACAAACACACGAUGAAGCGCAGCCACUCGAUCACCGAGCGCUCAGACCUGAUUCUGAGGUGGAGGAAGAGGAGGAUGAGGAGAGCAAACACACAGCGGGAGAGGAAGACGUGGGUGGUGAGAGUGACUCUAGUAUGCCCUCCCUCGAGGACUCGGGUGACAUCGGUGUAGAUGACGUCACCGUCACUCAGAAACUUCCAGAAGAUCUGACUGGAGGAUUACGGAGACGCAACAGGCUUGAGUAACUGUGACGAUAAUCAAACAGAAAUCUAUUUAUAUAUUUAUUUAUUGAAUUCCUCAUGAUGAACAACCGAACACUACUCAUUGGUUCGACGUCUACAUCUACAUAUUUCACUGCAUUUAUUCUUAACAUGAAUCAAAAUCCACCCUGUUUACUUUCUUAAUACACUACCAUUCAAAAGCCAAGGCUGCUUUUAUUUGUUACAGUAAUAACAGUAAUGUUGUGAAUUAUUGUUACAAUUUACAAGAGCGGUUUUCUAUCUGAAUAUAUUGUAAAAUGUAAU